AUGGCGGACAGAGCAGGAGGAGACGGCGGCGGGUGGGGCUUCCACUGGGUCCCCGGCAACGGAGGCGGCGAGUGGUGGGACCAUCGCUGGGCCUUCGGGGCGACUCCCCCUGCCGGAGGAGGACAUGGCGGGGCCUGGGGCUACGCUACCGGCACCAGCCAUGGCGGCGGGAACGCCGCCGGGUUCGCCUUCGGGUGGAGCGGGAACGGCAGCGGCGGCGGUGGCGGCGGCGGAUUUGGCUUCGGGUUUGGUUCCGGCAGCAACUCCGGCGGGGGGCUCGGCUUCGGGGGCGGCGGCACCUUUAACGGCAACAACGCCGACCGGAGGAGCGAUCGAUCUUGA